AUGCGGCCUUUGUUCGAUGACGCCAAAAGGCGGUCGGAACGGGCGGACCGGAAGAUGAGCGCAAGCAUGAGGCCUUCGUCGGAUCACCAUUUGUUUUCAGCUCGAAUGCCCGAGCGAUUUAAAGAUGGCGAUGAUUCUCAGGUUGAUUACACAGCUCCGCCACAGAAUAUACGUUCUAGAGAUGGCCACAUGCACUAUAUGCAACAGUCCCUGUUCUCCGUUCUCGCCGCCGUUGGCUCCAGAUCGGAUUUCCGCGGACGGUUUGAUGACUCGAGCGAUAGCGACGGAGAAGUGGAAGAACCCAACACAAAUACCGAGCCACGAUCGAGAUCUAGUCGAGACUUCUCAUCGGAGCGAAGUCAAACCAGCGGGAAGACGGAGACAAAGCUACCAGAUGAAACCGAAGAGCGAGGACGACGCCACCGAAGGAUAAGAUCAGAAAACAAACUACUGCGAGGGAUACCUGGAGUGGAAUCUAAAGAUAAAUCUGGUGAACCGCUGGCGGCUAGUGGGGCGACUCUCAAACUACCAACGAGGCGAACACGCAGCGCCACCCCCGGGCAGCGCCGAUUCUCGCUCAACCGCUUUGAUACUGCCGCGAAGCCCGAAAAUGCACCAUCCAGACCUGAGACUCCGAGUGGUGACCGUCUAGAGCCAUCGGCGUCUGCGCUAUCCACCCGGUUGAUGGAGAUGUUUGGGUUCGAAAAACCAGAGAAGGUCUUGGUGGAAUACGCAUGUGCUCUAUUGCAGAGUAUGCUCCUCCAGGGUUACAUGUAUGUCACGGAAGGACAUAUCUGCUUUUAUGCCUAUCUCCCGAAGAAGUCCACUGUGGCGAUCAAAUCCGGCUUCCUAUCCAAACGUGGUCGGAAGAACCCCAAAUACAACCGCUACUGGUGUGUUUUGAAGGGCGACGUCUUAUCAUACUAUGCCGAUGCUUCCAACCUUUACUUUCCAAGUGGUCAUGUAGAUCUCCGGUAUGGGAUCUCCGCAUCUCUUGCGGAGCCCAAAAUCAAAGGCUCAGAAGUGAAGGACUUCCAAGUCACAACCGACCAGCGAACCUACUAUUUUAGGGCCGAUAGUGCCGCAAGUGCGAAGGAAUGGGUGAAGUCUCUACAGCAGGUCAUUUUCCGAUCGCACAAUGAAGGUGAUAGCGUCAAAAUAUCAUUUCCCAUUGAGAGCGUGAUCGACUUGGAGGAGAGUCCUAUGGCCGAGUUUGCCGAAACCUUCAAAAUCCGUGUUCUCGACAACAACGAGACUUUCGCCAUUGAUGAGUAUUUUUUUACUUUCUUUAACAAUGGCCAGGAUGCUUUCAACUAUCUAAGGAACCUGGUCAAUUCUUCACCCGCAAAGAACUUAUCGGAUGGCUCGCCCGAGAAAGGCGAUGAGAAAGCCAAAACAGGAGUCCUUGCUCAAGAUCUGAAGAGACUGUCUGUCAAUAGCGGACGUUUCUCGGUUCAGAUUGAUGAACAGUCCCCGCGCGGACGAAGUGCGAGUAUCGGGAAUGACCCCCAAGGUUCCGCCGACUCAUUUGCCCAGUCAAUGGACCAAGGUACAGAGUCAUCCGCCGUUGUGCAGUCGAUCACGGAGACGAAUGAAUCCGCGAGCCAAAUCCUCAACCGGAGCGAUGUCUUCCAAUCGCCUACCAUGCGAUCGUUGCCGAGACGUUCUUCCGACGUGGGAGACACUGGCCGGCAACAAUCGAAUGACACUGCGUGUUCCGCCUCUGCACGGCUGGGCAAUAUGACGCGACGAGAUAGUUCCGAGCUAUCUAGCCCUAACAGAAACGCGGAAAACAUGCGCUUUGCUCCUGGGCCCGCAGAUCAAAGAUUCCCACAAUCUUCUAGGCAUCCUCCAGGUGUACCAUUGAACGAUCUCGUCAAGGCGGGAGCAUACCCUCUUCAGCGUGCUGCUGGAUUUGCCGAAUAUCUGCGAAGCAGAUCCAAACAGAUGAGUAGCCUACUCGCAACAGAAUCAAUGGGCUACAUCGAGAAGGUUUCUGGCAUGUGGACCGGAGGCCAACAGCACUAUGGUGAAACUGAAGAGGUGUUGCAUGAAGACCCGACAGUUGAUCCCGAGGAUAAAGAAGAUGGUCUCAAACACGGCGACCGGUUCCGAGCGCAUUUUGGCUUGCCUCCGACGGAGCACCUCCAAGCAACAUACUAUGCCUACUUGACACGCGUUCUUCCUCUCUACGGCAAGAUAUAUAUCAGUGAACGGAAGAUCUGUUUCCGCAGCCUGCUUCCCGGUACUCGCACUAAGAUGGUUCUCCCGCUCAGAGAUGUCGAGAACGUGGAGAAAGAGAAGGGGUUUCGGUUUGGCUACCACGGGCUCGUUGUGAUUGUCCGCGGCCAUGAGGAGCUUUUCUUCGAGUUCAACGCCGCCGAUGGGCGAGAUGACUGUGCUGUCACGCUACACCAGAAUUUGGAGUCUGUGAAAUUUCUUGUGGAAUCUGGCAUGCUCGCGGAGGAGGAGCGAGACCGAGUUGAGGCUGCCAAAUCGGAGCACCGCAUGCUUCAGGAGGCUAGGCUUGACAGCCCUGAAGAACAUGACACCCAUCCAUCUCUUCACGAGAGCUCGUCGGAUAUUCAUCCGUUUUUCGACGACCCGCGUGCUUCUAUUAUAAAUUUCAAGCCAACUGAGCCUUUGAAGAUCACUUGUCUUACCAUCGGCUCUCGAGGCGAUGUGCAGCCUUACAUUGCUUUGUGCAAGGGUCUUCUUGCCGAAGGCCACAAGCCUAAAAUUGCAACCCACGCUGAAUUCGAGCCAUGGAUUCGCAGCCAUGGCAUUGAGUUUGCUACCGUCGAUGGAGAUCCUGCCGAAUUGAUGCGGAUCUGCGUGGAGAAUGGAAUGUUCACAUAUUCCUUCCUGCGGGAAGCUUCGUCGAAGUUCAGAGGGUGGAUUGAUGACCUGCUUACGUCCUCCUGGGCCAGCUGUCAGGGUAGUGAUGUUCUCAUUGAAUCCCCAAGUGCAAUGGCUGGCAUUCAUAUUGCCGAGGCUCUUCGAAUUCCUUACUUCCGUGGUUUCACUAUGCCAUGGUCAAGGACUCGCGCUUAUCCACAUGCCUUCGCAGUGCCAGAAACCCGCAUGGGGGGAGCGUACAACUACAUCACUUACGUCAUGUUCGAUAAUAUUUUCUGGAAAGCCAUCGCCGGACAGGUGAACCGCUGGCGCAAUAACGAGCUGGGUCUCAAAGCCACCACUUUGGACAGGAUGCAACAGAACAAAGUCCCGUUCCUUUACAACUAUUCGCCUUCCGUGGUUCCUCCGCCUCUCGAUUAUCCAGAUUGGAUUCGCAUUACGGGUUACUGGUUCCUGAACGAGGGUUCCGACUGGACUCCUCCCACUGAGCUAUCUGCCUUCAUUGAGAGGGCUCGUGCCGAUGGUAAGAAAAUUGUCUACAUUGGCUUUGGGUCGAUCGUGGUGUCAGACCCGGCUGCUUUAACCAGGACUGUUAUCGAGUCCGUUCAGAAAGCGGAUGUUCGGUGUAUCCUCUCCAAAGGAUGGUCGGACCGACUUGGUGACCCUUCCAGCCAGAAAAUUGAAAUUCCCCUGCCACCGGAGAUUCACCAAAUUCAAUCGGCGCCGCACGACUGGCUUUUCUCGCAGAUCGACGCAGCAGCUCAUCACGGAGGAGCGGGUACCACCGGUGCGAGCCUCCGAGCUGGUGUUCCUACGAUCGUCAAACCAUUUUUUGGCGACCAAUUCUUCUUCGGAUCUCGGGUUGAAGAUCUGGGGGUAGGAAUCUGCAUGAAGAAGCUGAAUGUCAGCGUCUUCUCGCGGGCAAUUUGGGAGGCCACACAUAGCGAACGGAUGAUAGUCAAGGCCCGGAACCUGGGCGUCCAAAUUCGCAACGAGGACGGUGUUGCUACCGCCAUCCAGUCUCUCUACAGAGACAUGGAGUACGCCAAAACCCUCGCGCGUCAGCGCUCCAUUGCGUCGUCUACCCCGUUCUCGCCCACCCCCGCCGCGACGGCCUCACCAGGUCACGCCGAUGACGAUGUCGAUGAUAUCGAAGAGUGGACAUUUGUCGGCGACGAGAGUGAAGCUGAUUUCACGAAGCGAAUGCGUGGCCUUGCUGCAUCUGAGUCCACCAAAUGGUCUCGGCCAUGA